GUGAAAUCAAGUUGCUGUACUCAGCUAGACGAUGGGGAGUGAACAAAGUAGUUAUGAAAAUUUCACUUAUGAUGGUCAGAAUAGUAAGCCAAUGGAAGGGGUUUUCCACAGCCAUUUAGAGGAGAGAGUUCGUCCUUAUAUCGAUCUGAUUGACUCUUUGAGGCUGAUUGGUAUUGACAAAGAUUUGGCUUUGCCAACUAUAGCUGUAAUUGGAGAUCAGAGUUCUGGAAAAAGUUCUGUGUUAGAAGCACUAUCUGGGGUGGCACUGCCCAGAGGGAGUGGUAUUGUGACAAGAUGUCCACUGGAGCUAAGGCUGAGGAAGAUAAAAUGUGGUGUUCAAUGGCAAGCUGUAAUAUCUUACAAAGGACAGUUCACAGAAAAGUUUAAUGACCCAUCACUGGUUGAGGGUUAUGUUAAGAAAGCCCAGAAUGAGCUGGCUGGAGAAGGAGUUGGAAUUUGUGAUGAACUCAUCACUCUGGAGAUCAUGGCUCCUGAUGUAUGUGACCUCACACUGAUCGAUCUCCCUGGGAUUGCCAGAAUUCCUGUAAAAGGUCAACCUGAAGACAUUGGACAACAAAUUAACAGGCUCAUUAGGAAAUACAUAGAGAAGGAUCAAACUAUAAAUUUGGUCGUAGUACCAUGUAAUGUUGACAUAGCAACAACAGAAGCUCUGAAAAUGGCAGAGGAAGUGGAUCCUGAAGGAAAAAGGACUCUGGCUAUUCUUACAAAGCCAGACCUCAUAGACAAGGGAACAGAAAAAAACAUCUUGGAUAUAGUCCGAAAUCAGGUCAUUCCCUUAAGUAAAGGCUAUAUCAUUGUUAAGUGCCGUGGCCAAAAGCAAAUUGAUGAAAAGAUCUCUCUGACUGAGGCCACUCGAUUAGAGAGGGAAUUCUUCAGACGUCAUGAAUAUUUCAGCUGCCUUUGGAAUGAGGAGAAAGCAACUGUUCAGUGCCUUGCCACCAAACUGACUCACGACCUGGUUGAUCACAUUAAAAAAUCCUUACCACUGAUCUCAGAAGAGAUCAAGAAGAAGCUGUGGAGCUUAAGAAAAGAACUGAGUCAGUGUGAAUCCGGCCCACCACUGGACCCACAGAAGAGGAAGCUCUUUUUUAUUGAUACCUUGACGAAAUUUAAUGAUAAGAUCAACCGCUUGGCAUCUGGGGAUGUGGUCAAUGAUGAUAACUUGUUUGUAACGCUUCGGUCUGAAUUCAAAAAGUGGAAAAACCUUCUUGACAACACAAAGGGAUCAUUCUACAAAACGAUCCAGAAAGCGGUGGCUGAAUAUAACAAGAAGCACAGAGGACGAGAGUUGCCUGGCUUUUGUGAAUACAAGAUGUUUGAGAUGGGGGUACAGAAGCUAGUGAUCAAGCUACAAGGACCAGCCAUUGACACACUCAAGGUCAUCAGAGACACCAUUCAGAAACAGUUUUCAGAUGUGUCCAAAACCUGCUUUCCCAACUACCCUUACCUCCAGUCUGUUGCAAUGAACAAGAUAGACAACAUUCAGUCAAAGCAGGAAGCCAAGGUGGAGGAGCGGAUCCGGGAGCAGUUUGAGAUGGAGCAACUGGUCUACACUCAAGAUGGCAUCUACUUCAAAACCUUGAAUGAUAUUCACGCUGCUGAUCGACAGAAGGCUUUAGAAGACAAAUUUGCUUGGUUUGACAGCAUAAACAAAUAUCCUGAAAUGCUGCGGGCUUAUUUCGAGAACAAGAUAGACAACAUUCAGUCAAAGCAGGAAGCCAAGGUGGAGGAGAGGAUCUGUGAGCAGUUUGAGAUGGAGCAACUGGUCUACACUCAAGAUGGCAUCUACUUCAAAACCUUGAAUGAUAUUCACGCUCCUGAUGGACAGAAGGCUUCAGAAGACAAUUUUGCUGGGUUUGACAGCAGAAACAAAUACCCUGAAAUGCUGCGGGCUUAUUACGAGAUCGUGGUGCAGCGCUUGGCUGAUCAGGUGCCCAUGCUGAUCAGAUACUUCAUGCUGAAGGAAUCUGCUCAGCUGCUGUGCAGUGAGAUGUUGGGUUUAAUGGACGGUGCCAACGUGGCCGAGGCUUUGCGUGAAGACUCGGAUAUCAGCAGACGCCGCAUUGACAUGCAGACCAGUGUGGACCGUCUUACUCUUGCUCAAGAGAAACUCAGCAACUUUCUCUGAAGCUACAAGGUCACUGCAGAUCAGGGUUUUACAUCUUUUUAGAAGUUUACCGCCUGAUUCAACCUAUCAGCUAAUUACCAAUGCCUAAAUGUGAUGUGAUAAAGUACUAAAAAACUCUAUAGGUUUCCCUUAUGAAAAGUAAGUGCACUUUUGUAUACUUUUCUAAAGUGUACUUAUUGUGGAAAUAAUAUACUUUAAAAGAACACACAUAACUGUGAAUUAAAUGUAAUGUUUUCACCUCUUAAGUGCAUUUUAUUUGUAAUUCAAUUCGAUUCAAAUCUAUAUUAAAUGCAAUUAGUUGAACUUUUGAGUGUUUUUUUUAAACCACUUAAUUGGGACAUUAGUACAUAUUUAUAUGUAAUUUCAUAAUUGCUUCUUAUGUCUUUAAAAUAUAUUUAAAGUGCACUGUUUAAUGUACUGACAAGCAAUUAAUAAAUAACUAAAAUAUACUUUAAUGUUAGGUAACAAUACACUUGGGUGUGAAUUGAAUGUAAUAUGUUAGACCACCUAAAUGCAUAAUAUUUGUAGCUGAUUUCAAAAACCUCACAGGUUAAAUUUAUAUUAAAUGCAAUUAGUUCCACUUAAGUUUGAGUGAUUUUUUAGACCCACUUCAUCACUUUUUUUUAACUUCUGUUGUAUGUGAAAUAUGGUUAUUUAAGCCACAAUGCUUAC